AUGUCGAGCCUCUGGCACAGAAGGCGACAAGAUAAAAGCCUGGCGGCCAUACAGAGGAGCGAAGAUUCCAGUUCUGACGCGACCAGCUUAAGUGCUGCGUUGAUUUCCAAGUCGUACCAGCUCCAUGAGCAGAUCGGUGAGGGAUCCUCGGGACGUGUCUACCGGGGACUUCGAACCUCUGAUCAGAUGGAGGUGGCAUUGAAGUGUUUGGAAGCCAAAGACAAAGAAGUCGUACAAUGUCGGAAGCAAGAGUUCGAAGUGCUGCAUCAACUGGAGCAUCCAAAUAUUGUCCAGGCGCUGGACUUUCUGACUUGCUCAAAGUUGGCGGUGGUGGUUCUGAGCUACAACGAUGGCUCCACCCUGGACGUGGCCGUUCGAAGGGCCGAAAAUGGCUACUUUUCUGAAGCCCAAAGUCAACUUCUCUUUUUGCAGCUGAUGCAGGCGGUAGAAUACAUGCACUCCAAGCGGGUGAUUCACAGGGACAUAAAGGCUGAGAACCUUUUUAUUUCGACGGAUGCGUUGACCUUGCAGGUGGGAGACUUCAACACAGCCAAAGCAUUGCUGGAUGGUGGAUCCCUGACGAUGACUGGUACCAUGGAGUAUGCUGCACCAGAGGUUCUUGAAGGAGAAUCACCAUCUGAACAGCAGGAUGUUUGGAGCAGCGGCUUGUGUCUUCAUAUUAUGAUGACUGGCAGCCUCCCCAGACGGCUGCACUCUUAUCAAACCCUGGCGGCAUUUCGCGAAGCUGUGCAAUCGAAACCCAUUGAUUGGGGAAGGUGGGGAGCACGUUUUUUGAGGCCACAGAAAUGGGUGUUUGCAACACACAUUGGGAGUUGA